CCGAUUUCCGUUUUCUACUACCAUUAUUAGAUAUUUUGGUAAUUCCCUCAACAAACAAUGUGUCCACAAACUAGGCAUAAACCUACUAACCUCUGGAUGGUACAAUAACAACAUCACAAUCUGUAUAUGUUUUUCAUUAGUGUACUUUUUUGUAAUAAUGGGUUCAGAAGCCGUGAAAGUCAUUGUACGAGUACGGCCACUAAACGAACGUGAAAAUUUGCUCAAAUGUGAUAAUGUUCUCGAAAUAUUCAGCGAUACUGGUCAAUGUUCUAUUAUAAGCCCAAAUGACAAGAAACGUCCACCAAAAAUAUUUUUCUUUGAUGGAUCAUAUGAUCAAAAUUCAACUACCGAACAAAUAUACAACGAUGCAUGUUAUUCUCUUGUAGAAGCAGUUACUGAGGGCUACAAUGGUACAAUAUUCGCUUAUGGACAAACUGGAUGUGGAAAAUCUUACACUAUGCAUGGAGUAACGGAACCUUCAUCCCAAAAAGGAAUAAUACCACGUGCAUUUGAUCAAAUAUUUGAAAUUAUGUCUGUUAGCGAAAAGACAAAAUAUUUAGUCCAUGCAUCAUUUCUGGAAAUUUAUAAUGAAGAAGUUCGUGACCUCUUGGGACGUGAUUGUAAAGCUAAAUUAGAGCUAAAGGAGAAUCCGGAUAAGGGGGUUUACGUUGCCGGUUUAUCAAUGCACAAAAUAACUUCAGUUUCAGAAUGUCAGAAUAUAAUGGAACUUGGAUGGAAAAAUCGUUCAACUGGAGCAACAUUAAUGAACUCUGACAGUAGUCGAUCACAUUCGAUUUUCACUAUUUACCUAGAAAUGAUUGAUCGUAAUGACAAUCUACUUGAUUACAAUCAUAUACGAGCUGGUAAAUUAAAUUUAGUUGAUUUGGCGGGUUCCGAAAGACAAACAAAAACUGGCACAACUGGUGAUCGGUUUAAAGAAGCAACAAAAAUUAACCUUAGCUUAUCAGCGUUGGGUAAUGUCAUUUCAGCAUUGGUUGAUUCUAAAGUUAAACAUAUCCCUUAUCGUGAUAGCAAGUUGACACGAUUGCUACAGGAUUCUUUGGGAGGAAAUACAAAAACUCUUAUGAUUGCAUGCUUAUCACCAGCAGACAAUAACUAUGAUGAAACAUUGAGUACUCUACGCUAUGCUAAUCGAGCGAAAAAUAUAUGUAAUAAGCCGAGAAUUAAUGAAGAUCCUAAAGAUGCAUUGUUACGCCAGUAUCAAGAAGAAAUAAAACAUCUUAAAGAAUUACUGAAUAAUAUGCAAUUGUCUCAAAGGAAUUUCGAGAAAUCUAAUGAAAAAGAAAACAUAGAGAAACUGGAUACUGAAGCUGAAGAAGAAAAGUUUAAAAAAGAUUAUGAACUAAAACUAGAAGCCAUGAAACCGCAGUUCAGUACUGAAGCAUCUGAUAAAGCUAAAACACUGACAGAUAUAACUCAUUUCAAGGAAUUAUAUGCGGCCAAACCUAUGCAACUGAAUACUCAUGAAGAUUUGCCAUCACCGACGUCAUUAACGAAUCAGACACCUUAUGUAACAGAUACAAACCAAACAGAAACGUCACUAAAGACAUCAAACAAUCAAAUCCAACAACACAAUAUAAUACAAGGCGAUAAUAUUGCUACACAUGGUGAGGAAGUAACCGAAGAUGAACUACUGAAAAGAUUGAGAUCAUUGGAAGCAGAUAUUGUCGGUGGUGAGCAAGCUGGAAAUAAGGAAGUCAAUGAAAAAAUAUCUAUGCGAAAAAGAUAUGCUGAAGAACGAAAACGUCAAUUAUUGGAAGCCAACGCAAACCUAGAAGAUGAUGGCAUAAUGAUAAAUAUUUAUGAAACAAUAGAAGAUGAACUACAUGACAAGAAUAAAGCACUAGAAUCAGAAAAACAAAAGGUUUAUGCAUUACAAACGGAGAUUAAAGAUGUCCAGUCAGAAUUUGAGCGAGAUCGAAGUGAUUAUUUGGAAACUAUCAGGCGCCAGCAGCAGCAAAUAAAUUUACUUAAUAUGAUUUUGGAAAAGAUUCAGCCAUGCAUACGCAGGGAUAGCAAUUAUCAUAACAUUGAUAAAAUCAAACGAACGGCCAUAUUUGAUGCAGAAAAUAAUGAAUGGAUUCUACCACAAAUGACCAUUGAACGUGUGCAAUUGCCUUCAGCGAGUUCAAACACUUCGUCUAAUCGAUACGAAAACACAAAUGAAAAUGUCGAAUAUAAUACGAUAAAUAAUUCAGAAUGGGACAGUAAGAACGAAUCUACACUGCAUACUAAAUUAGUUGACCGAAUGGAAAGUAAUUAUUUUGCAAAUCGACGUGCAGCUCAAAUAUUACUUAAUACAGGGUCCGAAAGAUAUGGAUCAAGUAAUCAUAUAUCCCGAUUGAAUAAUUUUUCUUGCAAACUAAACAGUGCUAACACAGAAUCAGUGUCAUUUUCAUCUUAUGAAGUCAAAUCAAGCAUGGAUGCACUGUUACAUUACACGGGAGUAAGAAAAAAACCCGUGAAGUUAAAUCCUAUGUCUGAAUUCUCAAUCAAUUCUACGAAUGUUUGUGGACCAAUAUGCCAAUCACGGAGUCGCUUGAACAAGUGAAGUGGUAUUCGAAAAUCUAGUCAGUAAUUGAUCAGUGUAUUGUAAAACAGAUUUAUGAGUACUGGAGAUAUUCUCAAAUCAUGAUAAUUAGGACUAUUUUAAGACAAAAGUUAUAAAUAUAAUAUUGCUUCUACAUUACCUUACAUAACAAAGUCAA